AUGUUUGAAGCCCAUCUUUCGGACUCGACGAAUCCAGCUGAAAUCGAGUUCCAAGAACCUCUGUUACACAUCAUCGAGCUCUACCGCCAGAAAGUUUCAUUUGAGAACGAGAAGGAAGAGCGUAGGGAUGAGCUGAACAAGAUGAAGAUCAAGACCCAGGCCACGUUGCCCAUUGGCGAUUCUCGGCAUUCCAUGAACUUGGAGGCGUGGCUGGCUCUAAAGCCGCCUCCUGAAGGAAAAGGCUCUGAAGGUUGGAUGCAUGACAACACGGCCCUGACACUGAUCGAACUCGAGAAACCUUUCGGACAACCACAUAUCCACUGUUUCUUCCCCACGAUGCUGAUUAACAAGGCACUGGAUGGAAGUAAGGAUAUUGUCAACUAUGUUGAUGAGCCGCUGCAAGAUGUCAAUGAGUCCGGCGGUUGGCAACAAUCAGAGAAGUUUGGGGAGUGCUUUGAGGUUAACUUUCCGGCGCAAACGACAGUCUUGGUGGUGUGGCUCAACGUCAACAACCAUUACUACGUUGGUUCGAUCGAUUUGAGCAGCAGCACCGCAACCUUGUACAAUUCCUGGCCGUCUCGCCCACCGCCGACUGCUAGCAGCGGAUCGAAGCCACAGAAGGAACCAACUAAACUGAAGGCCGUUGUGGUGCUUGAACAGAUGAUGCGCGCAUUGGCGGUGGAGUACAAGCUUCCAAACAGUUCUGUCCAGCUUGGCGAUUGCAUCAAACAGAACAACGAUAACGACUGCGGAUUCCUAGCUUGGGAUAACAUGAGGUACCUCUUGCAGGGAAGUGAGCCACUAGUCAGCACGUACGAUGUUCAGGCUCACUGCAUCAGACUCCGUGAAGAGGCGCUCGAAAAGCUAUACCGCGUUUUCUGCAAUGGCCUCGGUGUACCUGCUGUAUUCACAGACAGCGAAAAGUCAGCGCCCAAGACAGCAAUCAAGACAGCGCCCAAGACAGCACCGAAGUCAGCAACCAAGACCGCAACCGAGACAGCACCAAAGUCAGCACCAAAGUCACAGCCAAAGUCACAGGAUGCGGUCGAAGCUGCAGCACCAACCAAGUCCCUUGCGAUCGGGGAUGAUCCUGCAGCGCCGAAAGGCUCGACAAUAAGUCCAACUUCCCAAAAUCCUCUAGAAGAGCGAGUCGACUAUGCCAGACUGAACAAAGUGUACACCAUACCUCCAUACACUAAGGAGGGGUUCUACAAUGUCGGUGGCGUGGCGCGGCCACCCAUUAUCUUUGAUCCAUCCAGCAUACCAGAGCUCGAUGAUCCAAAGCUGCAGACCAUUAUUGCUCAGCACCGUGCAAAGAUGAGCGACGUUAGCAAGGCAAAGCUGACCACCGAGGAUAAGGAGCUGCUGGAGGAAGUCGCCGUCGUCGAAACCAAGGCUCCAGAGCAUGCAUCCGGCCACGACUCAGAUGAUGAGACUGGCAAUCAGGAAGUCGAAGCUAUGCGAGCCAAGCUUCAACGCCUCCAGACUUCGAUAAGCAUGUAUCCGUACCGUGGAAUGACGGACGAAGAGAAAGUCUCUGCUGGACUGCCGCUCGAACCAUUGCCGGUGACCUUUGAGGGCACUACCUAUCAUCCUCGUGCACAAGACAGCAGCGAAGGACCUCUACUCAUCAGUAUCGCUCGCACCAGUGGACUCGUCGACUAG